UUAAUGUCACCGCCAACCUCGUUUUCCCUAGUUUAUGCUAAAAGAAACGAAUAAUUAUCGAAAUCGGUGGCAUCUUUGAUAUUUCUGCGAGACUAGGGAUAUAACAGAAUAUCUGAGGAACAUGUAGACGGAAUUUUACUACUGUUGACCGCACCAGGCGAUAAUUAUACGACAUUUUCUGGACCAAAACUCGAGAAUGGUGAACGAAAAGACGCCAUUUUGUAGUGGAUUUUAAACUUGAGAAAUCGCAGGAUUGAAUUUUUGUGUUUGCCACGCUUGUCUGUUGAAUCUUGUGUUCAUGAGAUAGGGCGCACUUUGAAGGAAAAGACUGAUCAUGGCUACUUCACACACAACACUGUCCAGUUUAUGGGUAGAGGAUGGGAAUGGUAGCCCUGUUAAAGCGACACUGGCACCGACCAAAACUCUGGUAAAUGCCACACUAACGGCCGAUGGAAUACUGAAGUAUUACCAAGAAUCUGGUCUGGAACCUAUUGCAAAAGAGGCGGGAAUUUUGAACUCGAACGGCGAUUUAACUAAUUUACGGAACCAACGGAUAAUUCAGACAAAAGGAGCAAAAAUCCCUAUCAUUGCGGUACCGAUGCAGUCCCCUGCGAAGAUGUCUCCAUACAAAGUGGAUGGGCCUCACAUUCUACCAAAAUCAGUAAAUUCAUCACCCGUGAUCCUUGGUACUCCUGGUCGUGGUGGUCAUGCGCCCACAUUCGUCACUGCCAGUCCACAGACACCGCGUCAGGUCAUCAAUACGAUCAAGGUAGAAUCUCCACAACAGUGGCAGGUUGCCGGGAUGAAAAAACGACCAGGAGACUUUUUAGAAGCGGACUUCCUAGAUAGUAAACGCAGUAAAAAAGGGGAGAAGGGUGGUAAGGGCCUACGGCACUUCUCAAUGAAAGUGUGCGAGAAAGUCCAGCGGAAAGGAGUGACAUCCUACAAUGAGGUGGCUGAUGAAUUGGUAGCUGAGUUUAGCGAUCCACGGAAUAUGUCGCCAACUGAUCAGGCUUACGACCAGAAGAAUAUUCGGCGACGUGUCUAUGAUGCUCUGAAUGUGUUGAUGGCGAUGAACAUUAUAUCGAAGGAGAAAAAGGAGAUCAAGUGGAUUGGACUGCCAACUAAUUCAGCUCAGGAAUGUCAAAACCUAGAGGUAGAUAAACAGAGGCUUUUAGACAGAAUAAACUACAAGACGCAACAACUGCAGGAGUUAAUAUUACAGCAAAUUGCGUUCAAGAAUUUGGUUCAGCGUAACCGUGAUCUGCAGCGCAGCCAGGGUGCGCCGGCUGCCAACUCUGCCAUUCAUCUCCCGUAUAUCAUCGUGAACACUAGUAAAAAGACGGUUAUAGACUGUAGCAUCUCCAAUGAUAAAUAUGAAUAUCUGUUUAAUUUUGACAACACGUUUGAAAUUCACGAUGACAUUGAGGUGUUGAAGAGGAUGGGUAUGGCAUAUGGCUUGGAGAAGGGGCAAGCCAGUAUGGAGCAACUUAAGAAGGCCACCAAACUUGUGCCCAAGGCUUUGGAACCAUAUGUUUUAGAUCUUGGUAAAGGGACUUCUUCCGCGUCGUCAGUGAUGCCGGGUCCCAGUGGUUUGCGUCGGGUGGAGGCAGCUGCGUCAUCGGCCAGGAACCUAAGAUUGGAACCUCUCGCCCUCCCUCUCAGCCUAGCCUCGGAUAGCACAGACGCUGAGGUUGCCAUGGCAACGCAGAAUGCUCUCUCACGGCAGUCAAGCAUCGGAUCGUUCUCGGAUAUAGCGCCAUCUAGAGGUGCGACCGAUACGCCAUCGGAAUUGGGAUUUUCCGACGAUGAUGAAUCAGAGCGGUCCAGUCCAGUGGAGUAGGUCGUAAAACACAGUUAGGGACGUUAAAACGGAAACUGCAGGACUUUUGACCAAUUUUGAACCUUUUUAGAGAUCAUCAAGUAUAGUAAUUGCAUUGUUUAAGAACAGUUGCAUUCAUUUCAAAGUAAAGGAGACGAGCUGUGGUCAUUUUGGGAAUUUCAUCUUUGGAUAUGAUCUCGGAUACCCUGAGUUUAAAAGGGUUGAUUAUGUACUUGUGGGGCUGAAGUUAUGAGUACGUGUAAUUUGAGAUUUUUGAUAGUUUCCUGUUGUCCGGGGUCCACCAGAGUUAAGGAGUUGUUAUGACGACGGGUUGUGUUUUAUUGAAGCAGCAAAGGGUGGCAGCACUGAUCUUAAUGUAGGCAGCUACUGCAGGUUACCACGGAGAUAAGAUAAACCUUGCAGCAAUACAUUUCUUGUAAUGAUGGAUCAGUGUUGUGGGGAGACUUCCUACGUAAUAAUCAAAUCAUUGUGUAAAUACCUCGCAUCAAGCCAUAGUUUUCACUCAGUUUUCCAUAUUUGAAUUUUUGCCCCGUUGGAGAAUGUGAAGUCUUGGUUAGAGAUGUUGAUCAUAAUUGGCCAAGCUAGUAUUUGGGUCAGCCCUCGUUGGAAAUGUUCAAUAUGCACAAGUGCGGUCUCUCUAACUGAUUAAUUUUUCUCUUCCUUGCAACUCGGCCACGAAGACAUAAUGAAUGGAGACAAAAUGGUUUAUCACAUCAUGUUAGUUCACCUUGCCUUCACCCCUAUGAUGAUAUGGAUUCUUCCAGUCUAUUAUUAGUUCCAUUAAUUAUGAUCUCUUAGCUUAGAUAGUGAGUACAGUAGUGUGUUCAGCCAUUUCAUAUUGGGAAAAAAAAUGAAAUAAAUUGUUACGGCUUGGUGAUUUGAAACUGUCUGCUUUAUAGAGAUGCUCGUGGUUGGGUGAUGACCAUCAGAUUUUGUUCAAAUUUGCACAGUCUCAAAUGGCAACAGAUUAGAUCAUGGCGUUGCUGCCAAAUUCAAUGGUUGAUUAAUUAAGGCUGAAAUUUUCUCGCUUUUUGAACUUCCGUUUGAUAGUGCAUUUGCAGUAAUAAGACAGUCUCGAAUAUUUCACAAUUUGCAUCAGUUUGAUUUUGAGCAUUUCCUCGGUGAUACCAGUCGUACUUUUCUCAUUUUGUCCAUCCAUAAUAUUCAGAGUAAAUUGUUUGUGCACAAAUAUCACCCUUUUCCACCUUCAUUAUUGCUACAUUUACAUAUUUUUGUAUAAAGUGUAGAUGGUAUGAAGAAAACUCAACACAUUGAACAAAUACCUAUCUUUAUUGUUGUAAUUUUAACUCAACAGUUGCAUUCUGUACUUGAUUUGUACCAAUGGGUGAACUAUCAUAUAAUUGCCUCGUAUAAAUCCUCAAAAAUAGCUCUGAAAAUCCAAUUUUUUCAGAACCACAUUUGCCAUAUAGAAUCAUUGCAUGAUUUUCGGUUGGAAUUUUAAUGAGAUUUUCAAAUAUUUCGGGCCACUAUUUGAUAGUUCACAGUGUCUCCUAGGUUAUACUAGGAGUGGUAUGUGUAGUUGCUAUGGUGGUGGGUUGGUUGCUAUGGAAACUGUUGCUUUGGUCACCAUAGGCUACAAUGCAUUUUUAAUCGAGGCACCAGCCUUAGCAAUAUGGUCGGUAAAUGUUGUAGUUUGCCCUGUGUUUAAGUUCCCCCAAACUCGCGUCGGGGUGGGGAGGUCACAUUCUAUGGAUUCACUUUGGACAAAUACACAGGCUAAACUUCAGAUUGAGAGGAUUCCACUUUAGGUUCUUUUGUCCAGCAGGGUGAACCAAAACAAAUCUGUAAGAUGUGUCAGAUCUCCUCAGGUUGACAUACCCCGCCAAAAACCUUAAGUGGACUGGCCCUGUUUCACCAAUAGAGGGCAUGCUGAUGACGUCAUCACAGCAGAUGAUUCCAGUUGGGACGUCAAAUUUACACCACUGAUCCGCGUUUGCCAACAGUGGCAGUAGUGAAAGUGUGUCGAGGUGAGUGGGGUCAAGGGCACAGAAGGUUCUGCAUGACCUCUAUAUAAGUGGGUUUACCCUGUAUAUAAACGUUGUCCACAGUGACAUUUGUUUGAAUUGUGACCUUGAAUUGGCUGAUAUAAUAUGAUUGAAGGUUUUUCUGUUCGAUGCAGUUUGAUUCUCAGGGAAAGUUUAAAUGAAAUAGACGUUUUACUGCAGGGUGUAUGAAAGAUUUUUACUCAAAAUAACAUUUCACAUUAGCUUUGCUCAUCAAAUUUUCGUUGCUGCUUAAUAAUGCUUUGCAAAUGGCCACGAGCAGGAUAUGGAAUAGAUAGCAAUUGUAUUAUUUUUCAUACACCCUCUGUGACAAGUUUUCUCAAGUGCUUGUAAAAGGUUGUGUGAAAGUUUUCAAGGGGUUACAGGGACAAAUUAUUACUUAUUUUGCACCAGAUUAUGAUGAAGGGCAAACCUAAAGUUAUUCCUUUACCGCCUGCAAUGCUACAUUUAUGCUUUAGUAAGAACAGGACUAAGUCUCUGUACUCAGGACACCAAUGGAUAUUUUCAAUUAAAACUCUGUCAUCGGGACUCCGCUAUUAGGGCAGCGUGUAGCUGUCCCGAAGGGUGUCAUUGUGAUUCCAGGGUUGACCAUUAAUGUACUUCUACUUAAAAUUGGAUGUGCAGUAGGAUUAUUAAAAUGUUCAUGAUUGUUUUAUACAUUGUGACAUAUUAUGUGAACUAAGAGUGAUGUCAUCGCUUCAUACCAUGAAGUAUUGGUCGGUGAUAAUAGAAUGAAUAAGAUCAUCAAUUAUACCCUUCCAACAAUAGUGUCAAUAUCUCGCGUCAACCCAGCAUAUUUUCAUUGACAAGUCUUUUCGUUUAUUGUUGUUGUGUAGGCCAAAUCAAUGAAGAGUCCUUUUACGUAAGUGAUUCAAAUUAGUAUAGCAGUUUAAACAGGCUCCAUAGACUUGACGGAAUGUUUUGUUGAGGGUGAAAGAAACUGAAAGGAUUGCCUUUGGCCCCUGACAAACAAUUCCAGCAAAGCUCUAGUGGCCCGUAACUGGUAUAUUGAUUUGAAUCCCCACCAUGCCCAUGACCUACUGAUUCAGAAAGGCAUUUGGAUUGAGGUCUCAUCUGCUUCAUUUGUAUUUUGUAUUCCUGGUUUCCUGCAGUUGCAGCCUCAGUACAGAAUUUGUAGCAUUAAUAACAACUCCAUAUUUAAGUGUUUGCUCUUGCACCCUCUAUUGCUUGUGCCAGUCCCCUGCACCAUGUAUAUUAGCAUAUUAUAUGAUAAUGAGAUGAUUUGUUGUAAAUACAUUACAGUCAUUCCAUGAAUCUGUAUUGUUUUUAUAAUCCGGAAAAUAAUGCAUGAUUAUUACACGCCAAUUGUAUAUAGACUAGCGAGAAGAAAACCAUGAAAAAAAUUAUAAAAUCCCUAUAAAUUGCAAAUAACUGAAGUGCGAGAGAGCUCUUGUUACAGAGUGAAGAAAGAAUAAUUUUGUGGUGCGCUGUAAUGUUGUCCUUCAGAAGAGAUGUAUUUUUGUUGGCACAUUGAGGACAUGGCAUCUAAAGCACCCAUGAGAUGGGCGAUUUUUAUCACCGUGACCUGCAGUCAUAAUUUCAUGUGAGAGAAAUCUUGUUCACAGUUGUCAUCACAGGGACCCAAGACUCAGUGAUCGCAGCAACCUGUAAUCACCAGCACCGAUUUGGUAAUAAUUGUUGCAUGACGCAGUGAUAAAAAUCACUUGUUUGCAAAAAGGGCUUUAGUUAGGGUGGUUGCAUAGUUCAAGGAAACAGUGUUUUGGGGUCAUCUUUAAAGUACUGACCCAUUCUCUAACUACAUGUGCUUCUCUCUGUAUCCUUUACAAGCUAAUUUAUGGCCCGACAUGGUCCGAGUUUGAGUAAAGACAUAGUUUCUUCUAAGGAAGGUCUUGACUUGUAUAUUGAAAGCUGGAUUAGGGUAAAUGAUCUCAGGGGUAGGGUGGAUCUGGGGAGUGGCACCUUUCUCCUUAUCUGCCUUUGAUAUUAGGAAUUCCCUCCAGGGCACCCCCUCAUUGUCAAGGUCCGCUUUCUCAUUCUGGAUCUGCCCCCGACAGCGGACUUACAUGUCGUUCCCAAGUUCCUGCUGAUCCUGCCCUGAAUCUUGCCGCCCUGGGCAUGGUUGUUCAAAACAAGUGGUGUUAAGUCCAAGGGCUCAACUGACGCGAGUGACGGAAUUUGUUUCGAACAACCAGGCCUUUGUGAUUGAAUUCAAUGGCAGAAUUGAAUUUUUGGUAUAUUUGGGACAAGGGAAGUGGAAAGGACUUGAGGCAAGAUGGGAAAAAACAUUUCAUAUUAACUUCAAUGUACAGAUGUACUGUCACUGUUCGAGAUAUCAGGAGAUAGACAAAUGAAUUGUUUUCCUCAAAUGGUAAGAUAAUUGUUUUCCUCAAAUGGUAAGAUUAAGGCACACCAUUAUAUUAUUUCUCGGUUACUUUUUUCCAGUAAUUUAAUUGAUUGAUUGAUUGAUUGAUUAUUAGAACCAUUAUGAUAUGGUUCCAUGUGUACAUGUAUAUUAUUAUUAUGAAUUACAAAAGGGAACUCUGUGACCACCCUGACCAAUUUGAAAUAAAGGUUAGAACGUAGUGUUGUAAGGAAAAGUUUGCUCUAGUUUUCAAAAUUGUAACAAUUAGAGAAAGGCUUUUUAAUACAACCAGUAUUUAUAGUUUGUCCCAUUCAACAAACUACAAUAAAAUCUUCAAUUUUGAAA